UGGAGUCAGGAAGGUUGUGGCCACUACCCAGAUGCAGGCCACCUAUGCUCGUCAGGCGUUCCCCUGUUUCGAUGAGCCGGCCAUGAAAGCUGUCUUCCACAUGACCCUCAUCCACCCCAGAGACCUCCGCGCACUUGCCAACGGACGCGAGUCCUCCGUCUUGAACACCACAAUGGAGGGAAUUGAGGUGCAGGUGACGAGUUUCGAGCCGACCAGGCCCAUGUCCACAUACAUACUGGCCUUCAUCGUCUCAGACUUCGGCUCCAUACAGAAGGAUGAAUCCAGCGCCACUACACUGGUCCGUAUCUGGGCCAGGAAGAAAGCGUUGGAAUUAGGACAAGGGGCCUACGCCCUGAAUGUAACCCUUCGUGUGCUGGAGUUCUUCGAGAGCUACUACAAUACCAGCUACCCUCUCUCCAAAUCAGACCAGGUAGCAUUGCCGGACUUCAAUGCGGGUGCGAUGGAGAACUGGGGGCUGAUCACCUACAGGGAGACCAGCCUGCUGUACGACCCCCUCUCCUCCUCCAACGGCAACAAGGAGCGUGUACUUACCGUCAUCGCUCACGAGCUAGCGCACAUGUGGUUUGGCAACCUGGUGACUCUGAGAUGGUGGAAUGACCUGUGGCUGAACGAGGGCUUCGCUUCAUAUGUGGAGUACCUAGGAGCCGACCACGCGGAACCAUCAUGGCACAUCAAAGAGAUGAUUGUGCAGGGCGAUGUCCAGAGGGCGUUCACUGUGGACUCCCUGGUGUCGUCCCACCCCCUCACCCGCAAGGAGGAGGAGGUCAACAAGCCCGAGGAGAUCAGCCAGAUGUUCGACUCCAUCUCCUACAGCAAGGGGGCAGCCGUGCUGAGAAUGCUGUCGGAGUUCCUGUCUGAGCCGGUGUUUGUCAAAGGGCUCAGUACCUAUCUGCAUCAGUUUGCUUUUGGGAACACGGUAUACACAGACCUCUGGGACCACUUGGAGGAAGCUAGGAGGAGCUCAGGGCUAACUCUACCGGACUCCAUCCAUGAAAUCAUGAACCGCUGGAUACUACAGAUGGGCUUCCCGUUGGUUACCAUAGAUACCACAACAGGAAGUAUCAGCCAGCAGCAUUUCCUAUUGGAUCCCGAUGCAGUGGUGGAAAGGCCGUCUGUUUACAACUACCAGUGGAUUGUGCCAAUCAAGUGGAUGAAGAACGGCAUUGAAAAGGAACAGUAUUGGCUCACUGAGAAGACAGCUGUGUUUGAGCCAAUGAGAGCAAACACAGUUGACUGGGUGUUGGCCAAUAGGGAUGUCUCUGGCUACUACAGGGUUAACUACGACCUGCAGAAUUGGGAACGCCUCUCUUCUCAGCUCAUCAGUAACCAUCAGCUAAUCCCCAUCCUCAACAGAGGCCAGAUAAUAGAUGACGCCUUCACGUUAGCCAGUUCCCGCAUGCUGAACGUCACUGUAGCUUUCCAGACCACCCGCUACCUGGUGGAGGAGAGAGAGUACAUCCCCUGGCAGGCCGCAGCCUCCAGCUUCUACUACUUCUUCUACAUGUUCGACCGAACCGAGGUCUACGGACCCAUGCUGGCCUAUCUGAAGAAACUGGUUGGACCUCUUUACGAAUAUUAUAAAACAGACAGACCACAGACACAUACUUCUGUCUACACCAGGAGCAUUGCUUAUUCUAUGGCCUGCACCACGGGAGUUCCGGGCGCUAACGAGCAGGUUCUAGAAUGGUUCCGACAGUGGAUGAGGGAGCCCCACAACAACAGGAUCGACCCCAACCUGAAGUCGGCGGUGUACUGUAAGGCCAUAGCAGCGGGCGGUGAGGCGGAGUGGAACUUUGGCUGGGAGAUGUUCCGGAACGCUACGGUGGCUUCCGAGGCCGCUCGACUACGCUCUGCUCUCGCCUGCACUAAAGUACCCUGGCUACUCAACAGGUACCUGGCUUGGGCCCUGGACCCCAGUAAGAUCCGCAAGCAGGACGUCACCUCCACCAUUGGCUACAUUGCCAAUAACGUAGUGGGCCAGUCCUUCGCAUGGGACUUCUUCAGAGCCAAGUGGGACGUGCUCUUCAAAGAGUAUGGAGGUGGGUCCUUUGCCUUCUCCUCUCUCAUCACCGCUAUGACUAGACGCUUCUCUACACCCUUUGAGCUUCAACAGUUGAUGGACUUCAAGAGAGACCACCCUGAGCUGGGCUCUGGCAAGCUGGCCCUGGACCAGGCCAUAGAGAAGACCACAGCCAACAUCAAGUGGAUGGCACAGAACAAGCGACACGUCCUGGACUGGUUCAACAGAGAGGCCGCACAGUGACAUGACACACACAUGCUGGCACACACACUACACACUGUA